UAAUUGUCCACAAGGAUUAUGUAGCAAUUGUCUAUUUUUAAGUGAGAAACAAAGUGUAAGUGACAAGGGGUAGUCCAAGUGGCAAAAGCGAAGUAUGAGGGACAAUGAAAAGUCAAAAGGGCAAGAAUGAAGAACUUGCAUGUUCAUCAAGACGAUUCAUCGAACAUGCAAGCCACGAUUUUGGAGGCAACGUAGUGUAACAAAGCCUUCAGCGAAAUCAAAGGACAAUUUUGGAGAGUGAGACAAGGUGCAUUACAACAAGAGGAAUCUUUUUCGACAAGAAAACAAACGAUAAAGUGGAUUUUAUUACGAAGACGCCAAUCAAUUAAAGAGGUGAAGGGAUGAUUUUGUGCACAACUGAGGAAAUGAUGAACAAGGGUUGAGGAGAGGUUGAAGACGAGUUUAGGGAAAGGAUGAACACGCGUUGAGGAGAAGAAGACCGAAAUGUUUCGUGAAGGAUUGAGGAAGGAAGAAUGAGGAGUAAACUAUGAAUUAUGGAAAAUUCUAAAACUAGGGUUUCCAUAACUUGGACUUCACCAUGUAACUCACUUCAUGCUUGCCACUUUUAUUAGUAUAAAUAAAUGAUUUUGAUGGAUUUGUAAAGACAGUAAGAGAGAAAUCCAAAUAAUUUGAAAAUUUGGGAAAAUUUGAGAUUUUCAAAUUUUGUCUAAUUUUUAAUUAUUUUAUUAAUUUUCCAAUCUUUUAAUUAAUUAAUUUAUAUAUUAUAUUUUUUGUAAUACUCGUGUUCCGACUAAAAGCAAAUGCCAAUUCUUUUUAAAAUUUGUGUUUUCAAAAUCUCUAUGGAACUGGGAGGUUAAGAACUUUUGAUUUAGAAAAAAGAAAAAGGGAAAAAAACAAGCUAACAAAAUUCCAGUCGGUUCUCUCACAUUGCUCUCCUUCCCUCCAUAAACGAUUUUACAAAUCCGCCACUGCAGCCGCAGGCUCUCCACCGCUCGCCGCCCUCACUCGUAUAACCAAGGCAGCCAAGAAGAUGGAACCGGAACAAAUGGCGGAUAGGUCUAUGGUGGAAGCUGAAUAUGGUUCUAACAUACCCACCAGUCGGAAAAGAAAGGCUGAUACAACAGCCGAUUGCAAUAACGAUGGUCGACGAGCAACGCUCAUGAAAAGAAUUAAAUUGUCUUUGACAAGGCCAUCGUUUGUUCUGGGGCUUGCUCCCAAGAUGGUGAGGGCAGAAAAUCGAAUUACAUUGCGGAAUGUCUUGCACAAACUUAUGAGGCAGCAAAACUGGGUGGAAGCAAGUGGAGUAUUGAGCAUGUUACUGCAAGGGACUUUGCGGGAUAAUUCUCCUAUUAGGAAUCGUUUGAAGUAUUCGGCUUCAAUGGAGCUUCUUAAGCGUAUAGAAGGAGAUCGUAUGAGGCCAGAUAGGAUCAGGCACAUUUAUGACAUUUGGAUGAAGAAGAAUGGACCACUGAAACAUUGGCCCAUUGAGGACAGAUUUAUGGUCCAGUUGGAAUACAUUCUUUUCUGCCUUGAAGAAGGAAAAACGGAGGAUGCACAUCAGGAGACUUUAAGCCUCAUGCAAAUGCCUGAAUCUGUGAAUGAUCCAAUGUCAAAUAUGAUUAUAGGAUUGACAUUUAGGCAACUGUGGUUCUCUACCAUUCCAGAAGAAAUUCAGUGGAGGGACUCUCUCCAGUUUCACUCUCCAAUUCAUUCAGAUGGGAUGAUUUUGAACUCAGAUGGGUGUUCCACCAGCAACUCUCAUGGUGAUGGUGCCUCGUAUUGGAGUAAGACAGAGACUUCUGUCAUGAAUGGUAAAUUAGUUCAAGUAGAUAGUGAAGGACACACUGAAGCUUCUUUCGAUGUUGAUCAUAAGAUUCAUAACAUAAAAGUGGAAAGUCAUCCUCAGAACUUUGAGGCACAAGAUUUUUGUGUUAUUUCUGCCGAAAAAGAUGAAAAUGAAGCUUCUUUCUCAGACAAUGGAGGUUAUCAGCACUAUGUUUCAAUUUUCUCUGCUCUUGAGGGAUUGGAUCCACUAUUGUUACCUCUACAUUUGCCACCUUCCAUUGAGAAUUGGGAGAAUGCCAUUAGUCUAUGUGGUGAGUUUCUGAAUGACUAUUAUAAGGAUGCAGUGAAGCAUCUAGACCUUGCUCUUAACUCAAAUCCUCCAAUAUUGGUUGCCUUACUGCCUCUUAUACAGUUGUUGUUGAUUGGAGGUCGAAUUGAUAAAGCACUUGAUGAAAUGGAAAAAUUCUGUCUUGAUUCAAAUGCAGCACUUCCCUUCAGAUUGAGGGCUGCACUUGUGGAACAUUUUGAUCGUAGUAACAAUGUCUUGCUUUCAACAUGUUAUGAGCAAACAUUGAAGAAGGAUCCAACUUGUUGUCAUUCAAUGGGAAAACUUGUUCAAAUGCAUAGAAAUGGCAAUUACAAUCUUGAAUCUCUAUUGGAAAUGAUAGCUUUGCACUUAGAUGGUACAUAUCCCGAAUAUGAUACAUGGAGAGAGCUGGCUGUGUGUUUUCUGCAACUUCAUCAAUCUGAGGAGGAUAGAGUAUCAAGAGCGUGUUCAAUUGGGACUGGCGGGCAUAAGCUGGUGUCCUCAUUGAACAUUAACAGUAACAUUAAGUUGUUAACUGAAAAGAACUCAAGAAACACUUGGAGAUUGCGUUGUCGGUGGUGGUUGACACGCCAUUUUGGCCAUAAAAUAACACCAGAGACUUCAGUUGUAGGUAAUUUGGAGCUGCUGACUUACAAAGCAGCAUGCGGAUUUCAUUUGUAUGGAAACAAUUUCAAAUAUGCGGUAGAUGUGUACAGCCUUUUAGAUGAGCAAAACUAUAGGAACUUGUUUUUGUUCUUAAAGAGGCACAUGAAGAAUGCGUUUGGACUCCGUUCUAAAUUAUAAUUAUGAGUUUUCUUCCCAAAAUCAAUAUCAUUUCCAUUUUUAUGAUAAUUAUUUGGGUGUUUUUCCCUUUGGACUC